AUGGCUUCCCCUAGUGUCAGACACCUCUCAGAGUGCUUCAUCCGGCCACACCAUGUUUCAGAAGAAUCGAAGCAACCCUUUUACCUCACUCCCAGUGACCUCGCCAUGCUCUCCGCCCAUUACAUCCAGAAAGGCCUCCUCUUCACCAAACCUCCUGAAGCAAGCAACCCCAGUUUUCUCGAUACCCUUUUGGCCAAACUGAAGCACUCUCUUUCUCUUGCGCUCGUUCACUUCUACCCUAUCGCCGGCCGCCUUGUCACCAAGAAAGAACAAGACCCUCCUGUGUACUUGGUCUACGUCGACUGCAGCAACAGCCCCGGAGCCAAGUUCAUCCAUGCUUCUCUUGAAAUGUCUAUCUCUGACAUUCUCUCCCCAACUGAUGUGCCCUUGGUGGUUCAGUCCUUCUUUGAUCACGACAGGGCGGUCAACCACGAUGGCCACACCACGUCACUGCUGACGGCUAAAGUGACCGAGUUGGUGGACGGCGUUUUCAUAGGGCUGUCCAUGAACCACUGUCUCGGCGACGGAACGUCUUACUGGAACUUCUUCAACACUUGGUCUGAGAUAUUCCAAGCGCAAGGGAGCAACAUCACUCUUUCCAAUCCACCAGUGUUGGAUCGAUGCUUUCCUGAAGGUCAUGGUCCUAUUAUCAGCCUACCCUUCACAGACCCAAGUGAGUUCAUUGACAGAUUCGAAGCACCAAAACUCAGAGAGAGAAUGUUUCACUUCUCCUCGGAAUCCCUAGCCAACCUCAAAGCCAAGGCCAAUUCAGAGUGCAAUACUAGAAAAAUCUCCACCUUCCAGGCAUUGUCUGCUCUUGUCUGGAGGACUAUUACUCGAGCACGUUUUCUACCUCCAGAUCAAGAAACCAGUUGUAGAUUGGCUGCGAAUAACAGAGCAAGACUAGACCCGCCAUUGGCUCCAAAUUACUUCGGCAACUCAGUCUAUCCCAUCACAUCAAAACCGAUCAAAGCUGGUGAGUUGCUUGAUCACGGGCUUGGAUGGGCCGCGUUUAAGGUUCACCGGGCUGUGGUAAACCUCAAUCACCAAGCUCUAAAAGGAUUUCUUGAUCACUUGUUAAAGUCUCCCACUGUGUUUAGUCUGCGGUAUUUCGACCCGUUUAGUGUGAUGAUGGGGAGUAGUCCAAGAUUCGACAUGUAUAGAAAUGAAUUUGGGAUGGGAAAGGCUGUGGCGCUUCGAAGUGGGUAUGCCAACAAGUUUAGUGGCAAAGUGUCGUCGUUUCAAGGGGGCGAAGCAGGAAGCAUAGACUUGGAGGUGUGUCUUCCUCCAGAGGCAAUGAGGGCUCUUGAAUCUGAUGUUGAGUUUAUGGAAGCUGCUUCUGUAGCAAGUUAUGAUCAAUAAAAGCGGGACAAUACGGGAGAGCCGUUUUUGUGCCCAUCAAUUUGAAUUUGUACGUCUUUACUUGACAUAAUCGUAAUUCAAUUUUCAAGACUUUGCAUUAGAGAUAGAUUAUGAAAAUUGAAGGCAUUAGACUUUGCAUCAAUAUGAAUUUGUAGUACGUCUUUACGCACCACAUCACCUGUGCGACCGUCUAUUUAGAAAGUGACAUGUGUGGGUAUUUUUAUCCACCUCAGCAUGGUUGAAAAAAAAAUUUGAAAUCGGAAAGAUCAUAUUCUGAUCAAACCAAAACCAAACCCAAGUCCUCUCCCUCUCCCUCUUCCAUCCACCUCAAUCCCACCCCCAAGCUCUGCCGACCCUGUUUUGGCCACACCAGUAAGUCUGGGCGUGCAAAGUCUCUUUUGGUUGUUGCGGGCGUGCCACUGCGCGGAUGCGGAAUGUAGUGGUUGUAGUAGCGGGGUGCGCUUAGCCUUCUGCUUCUAAUCAAGCGACUGAGGAUGGAGAGAGCACCAACUCCACCGCAGGGUUCUUCAGAUUCGCCUUGCGUACUGGGCAAGGACUUACAGUAGUCCGCCUGAGCGUCACAAUAUCGAUACUCGACGUAGGAUCGAGCAGAGCUUCUUGGGAAG